AUGUCACAUUAUCUGCUGUAUUUAACAUUUUUAUUGGCGAUUAGUGCGCGAUUCGCGGUACUUUGUGCUGAAACUCCGUCGGAGAAAGUUCCCUCGGCGGAAACAGAAAUUGCCACAAAUGAAGAUGAAGACAUAGACUAUAUUCCUGAAGGAUCUUCACGCACGGAAGAAUACGUUCCUGACUACCGUGGCAGCCAAUUAUGGAAAAUUGCGUAUAACACGCGUGUCUUGAAACCGUUGGAAGAAGAAGCCUAUGCUCAAGUAUGGAAUUUCCAAAAGGGCAAACAUCUCGACGUUUUGAUUCAUGGUGCAGGCGUUGAACGAGCCAAAGAAAUUUUGCGUGCAAAUAACGUAAAUUAUACCGUUCAAAUACACGACUUGAAGAAGGCAAUUAGCGAAGAAAAUCCUCCAAAGAAGUACAUUCAAGAUUUGGUAAAUCGCAAUGGGCUUCCCAUGACUUGGCAAGCGUAUCAUCGUCUUGCUGACAUUCACAAAUAUUUGGAUUUUGUCGCGAAAAACAACCCGGAUCUCGUUUCCACACAAGUCAUUGGAAAAAGUAAGGAGAAUCGAGAUUUGAAAAUUGUGCGCAUUUCCAACAACAAUCCAAGCAACAAAGCGAUAUGGAUUGACGGAGGCAUUCAUGCACGUGAAUGGAUUAGUCCUGCGGCUGCAACGUUCAUCAUCAACGAACUCAUCGAAGAAUGGGAAGACAAACCGGAGUACAUUCGUCGUAUCGAUUGGUAUAUCUUGCCUGUUACGAAUCCCGAUGGUUAUGAAUAUAGUCACUCGACUGACAGACUUUGGCGAAAAAGUCGCACGAAAAAUGGAAAUGGACAAUGCAUGGGCGUCGAUUUGAAUCGUAAUUAUGGAUACAAAUGGGGAGGAAAGGGCGUCUCAAAGAGCCCGUGUUCCGAAAUCUAUGGAGGAUCAUCCGCUUUUUCCGAGCCCGAAACACAAGCAAUCCAAAAUUUCAUGAAACGUUUGGGUGCAGGAAAAGUUACGGGAUCCAUGUCACUUCACAGUUACGGUCAAUAUAUUCUCUAUCCAUGGGGAUAUGAUCGCGCCGUGCCUCCAGAUCAUACAGACUUGAAAAAUCUCGCUAUCGAAGCACGACAAAAAAUGGCUGAAGUUGGCGGAAAUUGGUAUACAGUUGGGCCCGCAGCUGCUUCAUUAUAUCCCGCAUCUGGAGGCUCUGAUGAUUGGGCCAAGGGAACAAUGGGCAUCAAAUAUGCGUAUACCAUUGAGUUGCGCGAUAACGGAAGGCAUGGAUUCGUCUUGCCCGCAUCCCAUAUCAUUGGAUCAGGUAGAGAAGCCAUGGCAUUUGCUGACACACUUGCAAAAUACUGUGCAAACUUGUAA